GUAUCAUAAAAAAAGUCCACUUUAUGUCAGUUCUGGAUUGGUAGUGAUUUUUGUUGAUUCUGAGUGUUCAGAACUAAACCAUAACCGAUUUAGACGCAAGCAUUCCAGUGUCUUAAGGGAUCUCGAACCUAAGAUAGGUGUAAAGGAAAGCAAACCCCUGUUUGUUUAUAUUGGAAGUAAUAGAUACGAAUACAUGCAAGGGAAACUUGUUCCCGAAAAUGAUGAUAGUCACCUACCCAGCCCUACAGAGUGUUGCUCGACUGUUUUACUGGAAGAAGGUGAGAGGAACACUAAAGCAGUUGGAAUUCUAAACUUUGAGGUUAAUGAGCAGCAGCUUAUAUGUGAUCCAGUUUGGUUCAAGAAAUCAAGAGUAGAAGACAUCUUAGGUUUACCUGACAAACCAACCAUCGAAAAAGAAGAAGGUGAGGUGAAUGUGGAGUUCACUCUAACUUGGUUAGCACCAAAUACAAACUUCACCGAUGUCAGCCCUGAAUACCGUCUGGAAUGGAAGAAACCCUAAUUGACAGGAUCCAGCAAACUUUGUCAACAAGGAAACACUUAUGAGACCCACUUCAAAAUUACCAAUCUUGAGGUUAACUCAGAGUAUGAAGUGUCGAAACUCUUCGCCUUCAACAGAUAUGGAGAAAGUGAACCAGAGGUCAUAAACUUUAAGACAAAGACUGGUGUGUACCUAAUUAAUUUCAUUUGAUUUAACAUUUGCCACUUCAUUUCAGAACUUUUUGUUUAUUGUAGCACAUGAAUCAUCUUUCUAAUGGAGACCAUGUAAUCUGUAUGAAAAAAAUG